AUGAGUGAUAUGAAAAAUAAUAAAAUUAAUAGUGAGGAAAAUGAAAGAAGAAUAAUAAAACUUUCCAAAGAAGAUAUUAAUAGAAUAGCAGCAGGGGAAGUUAUAAUUAGACCAUGUAAUGCAUUAAAAGAAUUAGUUGAAAAUAGUUUAGAUGCAAAUUCAACAAAUAUAAGUGUGCAAUUAAAUAAAGGUGGAUUAAAAUCAGUUCAAAUAAUAGAUGAUGGAGAUGGUAUACAUAAAGACGAUUUAUAUAUAGUAUGUGAAAGAUUUACAACAAGUAAAAUUAGCAGUCAUAAAGAUAUAAGAAGUAUCAAAACUUUUGGAUUUAGAGGUGAAGCAUUAGCUUCUAUUUCGCAUGUUUCUUAUUUAACAAUUACUACAAAAAAAAGAAAAUCUUCAUCUUGUUAUACAUGUACAUAUAAAGAUGGUAAACCAACACAAAAAGAGCCAACUGCUUGUUCAGGAAAAGAUGGAACGAUAAUCCGAUUUGAUGAUUUAUUUUAUAAUAUGAAAACACGAUUAAAAACUUUAAAUCACAAUGAUGAAUAUAAUAAAUGUUUAGAUGUUUUACAAAAAUAUUCAAUACACUACCCACAUGUUACAUUUACAUGUAAAAAAUGGCUUAGCAACGUCGUUGAUUUGAGUACGUAUAAUGCUGGUAAAGGAAUUGGAGGGAUAGGAGGAAUUUAUGUUAUAAAGAAUAAAAUAAAAGAAGAUUUUAAUGAUGUUAUUUCUGGAAUAGACAACGACGAAAAGGAUCAAGUAAAUUUCGGAAAAAUGAAUGAAAAGGGAUAUUCUGAGUUUGAACAAAAAAUAUUAGAAGAAGAAAAAGAGUUAGAUAAAAACCAUGAAAAAUAUCUUAAUAAUACAAAAACAAUUAUACAAAAAAUAUAUGGUAGGAAUGUUUCAAAAGAAUUAAUUCCAAUUUUUGUAAAUGAAAAAAUUCCAACUUUUUUUAAAUGCUAUGGAUUAAUAAGUGGGCCGUCCUAUAAUUCGAAAAAAAGUUCAUAUAUAUUUUUUAUAAAUGAUCGAUUAGUAGAAUCAAAUAUAUUAAAAAGAGCUUGUGAAAAUCAAUAUAAUAAUUUUUUGGGAAAAGGAAAUUAUCCAUGGGUUUAUUUAGCUCUCCGAUUAAAAUAUGAUAUUGUUGAUAUUAAUGUCCAUCCAACUAAGAAGGAAGUUCAUUUUUUAUAUCAAGAUGAAAUUGCUACAUUAAUAUCUAAAAAAAUUGAAGAAAUAUUAAAAAAGAUAAAUAAUAUGAGAAGUUAUAAUGCCCCAACAGUUAAUCUAAUGCAAACAAAAUUUGAUUUAAGCACUGGAAAAAUAGACAUAAAAAAAGAGAAACAAAAUGAUAAUAAUAAUAAUUAUAUAGAUGAUAAAAAUGAGAAUAAUUUUAUUAGCGAAAAUAAAAGUGGAGUAAAAAAAACAAUAGACACAAAACGAGUAAGAACAGAUUGUAAACAAAUAACAUUAACAAAUUAUUUUGUUAAAAAAAAUGAUAAAGAUAAGAAAGAAAUAACUUUAUUUAAAGAUAAUGAAUAUGAAGUAUUUCAAUUAGAACCACCAAAACCUGCUUUAUAUAAUGUUAGUCAUAAUAAACAUAUUAGUAACAUAUGCUAUGAUAGAAAAUACCCAUCCGAAUGUGAUGAAAUUACUAGUAUUAAAAAAUUAAGAAAAAUAUGUGAAGAAAAAGAAAAAAAAGAAUUAACAGAUUGUUUAAAAAAUUCUAUAUAUGUUGGUCCAGUUGAUAAUAUGCAUAGUUUAAUACAAUAUAAAGAAAAAUUGUUAAUGAUAAAAAUGCCAUUAAUUAUAAAAGAAAUUACAUAUCAAUCUAUACUUAAUAGGAUAGGAAGAAUUCCACCAUUUAAAUUCGAUCCUCCUAUUCCUUUAUAUGAUCUUUUAUUAGUUGGGUUAAAUAAUUCAUAUUCUGGUUUUUUUGAAAACCCUAAUUAUGCAAAUAAAAAUAUAGAAAGGAUAUGUAACGAAUUAGAACAAAUAUUUUAUUCUUAUGAAGAAAUGUAUGCUGAUUAUUUUUCUAUUAUAAUUGAAGAUGGACAUAUUGUUACUUUUCCAGCAUGUUGUGGUGAAUAUUUUCCAGGGCAAGAAUUUUUACCAUUAUUAUUUCUACGAUUAGCUAUUCAAAUAGAUUAUGAAAAAGAGACUAAUUGCAUAAAUGGAAUAUGUUAUUUGCUAGCCAAUUUUUAUUCAAAGAUCACAUUAACUUCUGAUACAGAAUGGACAUAUCAUGAUGAAUUGAAAAUGAUAAAAGAGCGGGAAGUUGAUAUGUUGCUCAAUCAAAAAAAAGGAAAAAACUCCCAAAAUAAUGAAAAUGGCAAUGAAGUAGAGGGAAAUGUACAAAAUGAUAAUAUCAAUUUUGAUAGUAUACUUGGGGACGAAACAGUUAUAGAUGUUAAUAAGCAUUUACCAGUUUCGAAAAAUAUUAACUUAGUUUUUGAAAAAUAUUUUUUCCCCAUGAUCCAAUUAAAUAACUCUAUGAAAAUACCUAACAUAUUUUCAAGCAAUGGAUAUAUAAUCGAGUUAACUUCCCUCAACCAAUUGUACAAAAUUUUUGAACGAUGUUAG